GAAAAGGAAAUUCACGUAACAAACACCGCCAAAGAGCUGUCCGCUGCCAAGACCGAGAUUCGUUGCCUGACCCAGACAAAUCAAAGCCUGGAGAAAAAACUCUUCAAGGUCCAAGAAGACGUCGAGGGGCUCAAAAUCAAACUGGCCAUUGCCAACGAUGCCGAAAAGGAGACCCGAGAUGCGUCGCGCCAGGAAAGGUUGACCUAUGAGAAACAAAUUAAGCAAUUAAGAAGACAACGGGGCGAGGUGUUGGCCGACUACAAGAAGCUUCUGCUGGCGGUGGACCACAUGAAGAAACAGAACUUCCACAUGGACCAGACACGCCUGACCAGCGAUUUCGAGCGUGAUUAUUUCAGACAUUUGGACGAGGCAUCGACAGCUUCUUUCUCGCAGUGAAUGGCCCCUUCCUGGUGUUCAAUUUAUAACAAGCAUAACAACAUUUAUACCGGCAUCGAUUUGAUAGCACCCAUCCCGAGUUUGUGAUUAAUGUGUGAGAUUUUGAUCUAGGGAGUUUUUUUUACUCUGAUGUAGAACAUUUCACCGACUGCUAAACAUUAGACUGAUUAGACGUAGAUGAUUUCCGAAAGUAACAAGAUUGAUUAGAAUCUCCUUCACCAAUUACAGCUAAGCCUAUUUAAAAUACUUAAGGACCAAAUGAAAUCUCGAA